AUGAUGCUGAUCCGCGGUGAGGGCUGCGAAAAGGAUGAAGACACUGGGUGCAACUUCGUUCUGAUGGCUGCAGAGGAUGGCUAUCCACCAGCCCAGUUUGCCAUGGGAAAGCUCUACAUGACUGGGCUCCAUCCUGCUGGAGAGGACAAGCUUUCCGGUGCCUAUUGGCUGAAGCGGGCUGCGGCGGAUCACGUCCCUGCCCAGCUGAUGUUGGGUGAGCUGUUGCUGAAGGGCGAAGGGGUGAAACGCAAUGAAACCUUGGCGGCUCAGUACUUCAUGCUGGCAGCCAGAAAAGGCUCUGUAGAGGCUCAAGAGAUUGUGGGCCAAUUGUUUCGCACCGGUACCGGGGUGCCGCAAGACCAGGAGUGGGCUUUGCGGGCUUUUUACGUGGUGGACCAUCCCCAGAUUGACAUCAGAAGGGCUCUGGCGCGUGGCUGGUUGCAGAAGGCUGCAGACCAAGGCAACGAGGAGGCAUGCCUUACGCUCGCUUCCAUGCAUCGCAACGGGGAGGGAUCUCCAAGGGACCCAGUGGCUGCAUUGAAGUGUUUUCAACAGGCGGCUGAAAACGGUAACCCUGAAGCUGCGAAUGAGCACUGGGCCCAAGGAGAUCAGCUGCUGGAAGAUGGCGAGAAGUUGUUGGCUGAGCAACGCUAUGGCGAGGCUUACGAGUGUUUCCAGGGUGCCGUCAGCCAUUUGCCGACCAAGCAGCUGGCAUGGUACAACCUGGGUUUUUCAGCUUCAGAGCUGUGGCAAGCUGAAGCGGCUGAAGCCGGAGACGAGUUUCUGCCCAGGGCACUGGAGGCGUUCCGCACGGUGCUGCGCUUGGACACGUCGAAGCGGGCGGAGCUGCGGUACCUGAGUGCCUUGGCGCUGGGGCGGCUGCUGACCCGCCAGGCGGAACAGGCGGAAGGAGAGGAGUCAGCUCCGGUGCUGGAGGCCUUGCAGCACUUUGGGGAGGCCUGGCGAUUGGUACAGGAAUGGGGGGCACCUGACUUGGGCGCUGACUGGGGAGACUGGGGAAAGGCCCAAGCCUUGGAGAUGAAACGACAAAUAGAGAGAACAAAAGGCCUAGGCCCUGGCCUGGGACAGGUAGAUUGGCAAGAGCAACUUCAGUUGCUUUCGAAGCUUUGCGAGGAAGCAGCAGAGAAGUUCACACGGGCGCAAACAGCCAUUGAUGAUGAAGGCGAUGAAGGCGAUGAAGGCGAUGAUGGGAUGGAAGAGAGGGAUGUUGAUUGGAUGGUGCUUCAUGUGGAGCACCUGCUGGAGUUCGUGAACUUUGCCAAAGUCGCUUUGAACAACUGCCAGUCUCUUGAAACCAAGACCGAGUGGCUGCGACGUGCCCUGCUCGCCUGGCGCUCUGCACUGACAGAGAUUCUGGCUAUUUGUUACCUGGCUCCGGGCUAUGAUGAAUUGAAAGGAGACACCUUCGCAGCAGCUUGUCGCUUGCUGCUGGCCUCCCCUGCGACGGUCUCUGCUCUCAGAUGCAUGUCGUUGGGGCAGCUGUUUGGGGCCGAAGGCCUGUUGCUCCCCGAGCUCCCACGCCACGGCGCCAACGGCGAGCUGGUGGACCCACUGCCCCCUGCGGUGACGGAGGAGCAGCUGGCGGCGCUGGCGGAGGCCGCGUACGCUGCGGCGGGGGCCCCGCUGCCACUGGGGGAACUGCAGCUGGAUCUGGGGCGCCUGGCGCUUGCACGGCAGCUGGAUCCCAAGCCGCAUCUGCAGAAGGCCAGUGAGGCCUUUCAGGCUGCGGGAAAGAAGCGAGAUGACAAGGCCAUUGCCUGGUACAACUUAGCCUGUGUGGCUGGUUUGGCUGGGCGACCAGAUGCUGCGGCCCGUGCGCUGAAGAUGUGUUUAGAGGCUCUCCCAAAACCAUCCGAAAAGGUCAGCUGGAUGCAAGAGGCCCUGGAGGAUGUUGAUCUGCAACCUGUGAUGAACUCACCCGACAUGCAAGCUGUGCAAGCUCUUCUGCCACAGAAAGAAAAACCGAAAAAACCAUUGGGUGGAUAUGCUGCCCUUGUGUCCCUGCAACAGCUAUCAACCCUGAUGGCGCGCACGGAGCAGCCAGUGGGCCGAACUGUUGCGGAAGGGAUCCAGUCAUUGAGACUCCGCCAGGCGGCCAAGAGGCAAAAGUAUACCGGCGGCGCGGAGCUUGUCCCAGCACUUCAGGAGCAGCUUAUCCAUGUUCAGCAUGUGAACAGAAAAAGUGGCCUUUUCGGGCCCACAAUGUUGCUGACUGGUCACGAGGGAGAGGUGUUUUGCGCAGAGUUCUCUCCUGAUGGACGAGCCUUAGCCACUGGCUCCUUUGACAAAUCCCUGUACCUCUGGCACGUUUACGGCGAAUGCGAAAACUAUGGCGUCAUGAAGGGCCACGCAAAUGCCGUCCUUGAGGUUCACUGGAAACAUGAUGGUACUCAGCUGUAUACCUGCUCCGCAGACAAGAGCGUUUGUGUUUGGGACCCCGAAUCCGGCAAGCGCUUGAAGAAACUCAACGGGCACACCGCCAUCGUGAAUAGUAUGCAGACUUCCCGACGUGGCGUUCCAUACCUGGUAAGUGGAGGAGAUGAUGGUACCACGAAGUUGUGGGAUUUGCGCGUUCGGCGAUGUGUGCACACCUUUGAGCAUCAGUACCAAAUCCUGGCCGUCUCCUUUGAUGACACCGCAGAACGCAUCUUCUCAGGGUCAUUGGACAAUACUGUCCUGAUCUACGACAUGAGGAUGCGAGACCAAGACCCAGAGGUGCUGGAGGGCCAUGGCGACAGUAUUACCGGCCUGGAUGUCUCCAAGGAUGGGAACUUCUUGGCGACAAAUUCCAUGGACAACACGGUCCGCAUUUGGGACGUUCGGCCCUUCGCUGGCCAAAGGAAUAGAUGCCUCCGAAUCAUGCGAGGUGCGACACAUAAUUUCGAGAAGAACCUCUUGCGCGUUCGCUGGUCCGAGAAGGAUGCGCUGCUUGCAGCCGGAUCAGCAUGCCAGAACGUGAACAUUUGGGACAUGAAGAUGCUUCAGCUCGCAUACAGGCUCCCAGGACACACGGGCAGUGUGAACGAGGUCUGCUUCCAUCCCAAGGAGCCCAUCAUUGCCUCGGUCGCCUCCGACAGGAUGGUCUUCAUGGGCGAGCUUGGCGACUGA